AUGACAAUCUCGUCCACCAAGGGUAGCUCGGCCAUUUUCAUUCGUCGACGAACGAGCAUCCCGCACUUGGUCGAGCUCGCCGUUGAACGCCGUCCACUGUUGUCAUUCCUGCGUGGUUAUUGUCUGGUGAGUAUUGAAGAAGAUUCGAACCCUAGGGCUUUGUCUACUCUCAAAAUCCGGUGAGAUUGAUCUGUUCAAUCUGGCUUUGAAUUUAGAUUUGAAUUUGUUCCCCGCGUCACCUUUUCCUGCGUGGUAUUUGCCUGAAUCAAUUUAAGGUAUUUGUGAUCCAUGAUCGGGUAAAUGACUUGGCUCGAGUUGUGUCUAGCAAUUUAGAAGGUUGAGUUUAAAUUGUCAUUCUUCAGUGGCUUGGAGAAGUUGCCUGAAUCAAUUGGCUAAAUAAGGCAUCUUCGUCAAAGUAUCUGGAACAAAAAGUAAGGUAUUAUAUCAACUAUGCAUAUUACAAAGAUUUCAGUGGGCUCAGAUGCCCCCAGUGAGUGUAAUAUAGCUCUGCCCAUGCCGCGAUGUAUUCCCUGCAUGUUUUUGCUGAGAGGGAUUUUCUUGAUAUGGUUCCCUGUAAGCUGUUUGCUUGAUCAAGCACUUUCAAGUGAGAUUGGGGGUUAUGCAGAUUCCAACUCCAACAGUCCACACGCUAAGGCUUUUUGUAACUUUGAUCAAUUUCUGACUCAGUCCUACUAUGCGAGAUAUAAGGUCUUGGUUGAUUUAGAUUUUGACACUUUCAUGUCUCAAGAAAUCCCCUGUGGUAUCUGCGAAGUGCUUCCGGAUAACUAUAAAUAUACUUUAAGAGUGUCAGAUCUACAGCGAAAUCUUAUUGGGGGAGGUUCUCAUCGUCAUCUGUCCACUUCAAUCAAAUUUCAAACUCAACCUCCGAAUUCUGUACCUGAACGAAUAAGCUAUUCAUGUCAGCUCGUAAUUAUUGAAAGACUUCCCUCUGGAGUUUUUGCUGAUUCAUUUGAACUACAGCAUCUUGUUCAGCAUGUGUUUCGCAAUGUAGCUGUCUUUGGAGAUACCAAUCUAGAGUUGCCUUCAUUUAUGUCCAAUCGUUCUGCUGUUGAAAUCCACUUAGAUGUUGAUCCAAACAUUUUUCACAAGUCAACUGACAUCAAUCUGGAGCUUCCUUUGCACGCACGAUAUCAGCCUCUAAAUGAGAGUGGCUAUUCGACAGUUAAAUUCGGUAGCCCAGAUGUGUUGCUACAUUGCAGCGCAAAGGAAAAUAUGAGCUGUUUCUUCAAAGCUACUGGUGAUGAUACUAAUAUGAAUCAUGAUGAUAUUGUCUGGAGAAUACCUUCUGGAAGAAAGGCCCAUGCUCAACUUGUUUCUGCCUUUACAUUUAUGGCAGCCUUAUUAUCAACUUUCGUAAUUGUUUGGACUUCAUUGUGUUAUGCUAACAUCAGACUGUGCCGAGGUGGAAAGCAAGCAUAGCUUCCCAACCCCCACCCCCCCGGGGAUGUCAAGAAAGCAAGCAUAUAUUGUUGAAGUGAAUUUCUCGCUUUGCCACGUAAGUUUUUAAUUAUUAUUAUCAUUAUAUGGUUAUACUUUUUGGUGUCAACAAAAGAUAAUUUGAUAAGAAUUUGAUUCAUAAUCUACUAAGUCAUAAAAUGAAAUCUUAUUACUGACAUGAGCAAUUUAUAAAUACUUCUAUAAAUAUUUUUUAGUUUGAAAACAUGUCCCAAUCUUUGAAACUUCACCCACUCAAACUUCUUACUAUAAAAAAUAUAUAUAUUGUUAUACUUCUCUAACAAUAUUUAAAACUUGUGAAUAAUUUUCGAGUGAUCUAGAAGGCAUUUAAUCUUUUGCAUAUUUUCUUCUAUUUCACGAAUGAAGUGCUGCGAAGCAAACAUGUUGCUAAUGGUGACAGACUUCAGAAGGAAGCCAUAAAAUUUAAGAAGUUUGGUUCAACAAAAUGAAUGAGGGCAUUAAUUUUUUUGAAUUUGGAUAUUAAAGGACUAAUUGCAAUGAGACUAACUAUCAAAAAGUUUACUCAAGAAGUAGGAGCCUCAUUGGCACAAUGAGCUGUUUAUAAAUCCUCAGUUCUCAGUUCCAGUCCGGAUCAUUAUGAAACGUUUUUCUGUUCCUUUUAUCAUACUUAAAAAAAAAAUGGUUGAUUACCAA